GGUCACAUCGCCGCGGAAAAACGACACGGGCGGGCGGUUCCUCCUCCAUUCUCCCUGCCCCUGUCGGAAAGGUUAUAAAGGAGGUCCACGGCCCACCUCCACCCUCUCGCUGCCCAUCAUCGAGCGACGGGGCCCUGCGAGCGCCCCCAGCCGUCCGGCCGCCAAGGACGCAGAAUGGCGGAGUCGCCGAGCUCCGGCAUUCAGGGACUGUUCACCCUCCCCCCUUUACACUUACAGAGAGACUCGGUCGGGAACGGCAGCGGGCUGCUUUCCAGCGCCGGCUGAGUACAUUUUAGUAGCCAGCGGAGGAUCUUUACAACGGGACGAGCUGCGUUUCGAUUACAGCGCUUGAAUGAGAGAGGGAAAAAAUGAGCGGCAACGCAACAGAACUCGCCAGUCCCCCAGCUGCUCUGCCACUGCCUGCAGAUCAUGUGUUGAACUCCGGAGCAGUCAUAUUUCCAGGAACCUUUGACCAGCAGGGUUGUCCAUUGGUUUUGUUCCCUGCAGAAGAGCAAAACAAACUGACAUCUGACCUGAACAAGGAGGAAGUAGUUGGUUUCAUCAACUACUUCUUGCGGUUGCACAAUAAAUACCAAGCAAGGGAGAGCCUGGUUUCGGUGGUGGUUGAUUUGAGAAAAGCUACCGUUAUCACAGCAAGAUUUGUUGCUGAAACUCUUCUGCUCCUUGAGCUGCACAAGAGGACAGUUCACACUCUGUAUGUGGUUCAGCCUCAUAAAAGAGAUGUGCUGAAGCUAUUGCUAAAAAUACUGAUGCCAAAUUACAGGAAGAAUGGAAACCCUUCCCCAUUUAAGCAAAUUUUUCUGAAGGAAAUCUUUGAGCUCUGCAACUACAUUGACCGGAGCCAGUUAACGGCAGACUUCGGAGGGUACCUUGUUUACUGCCACCACAGCUGGGUUGUGUUUUUGAAGGAGAUCGAUGGAUUUGUCCAGGAGUUUCUGUCUGUGGUGCACAGACUUCCUGUCUGUAUUGCUACCCUGCAGAAGCUCUCCCAGCAGCCUGUGCCUACCAGCUUGGAAAAACUAGAAGACUUUUGCUCUGCCAGUAAAGUUCAGUUCCAGGAGCUGAGGAGAGAGCUUGGACUGGAUGAGCUGUUGAGACACUGUGAAUGUGUGAUGGAGAAACUUCGGUACCCUGAGAAAGAGCCCUGUUAUCAGGCCAUGGCUGGAACAGCCCUGUUUACUCAAACAGCCUAUGAAAUGUUGCAGAACUACAGUAGGAUAACAUCUGCUGUGGAGAAGCUGGAGUUGCUGUGGCAACAGGCCUUUUCCAAAGCCCACCUCCAACUGCAGGUCCUGCGAUUGCAGAAAGAUGCACUUAAGAUUAUUGAUCUGAUCAAUAAAAUGAGACAAGAGAAGCUCCAGUCUUACAGAAUUGAGAUAGCAAAGGAUGUUCAAAAAGCAGAAAGCUUGAAGCUGGAGUUUGAGGCAUCUGUCUACACCCCUGCAAUGGCACUGGUACGUCGAGCCGAGGAUGUGAUCCACACAUUGGCUGAGACAGUGCCAUUUGGGGAUGUCCAAGGGUGUCCAAAGUGGGUCACAGAACUUAACCAGGCAAAGGAGAAGUUUCUUACAGCUGUGGAGCUCCCUCACCAAACCCUCAGAGCAGUUUCAGACUUCUAUUACUACUACAAUAAGUCCAGGAGCUGGUACAGCAAAGUCCUAUGUGAGAACUUCUUUCAAGACCUUCUGUGGAGUGGACAGUGCAACAGCAUCCCCAGACUGUACCAUCCCCAAGAAGCGACUGGUGGUCGGACCCUACCUUGGAAGAAGAAUGUCUUUUAUUUCUUGAAGAACAACCCUUCUCCAGAGAUGGAAGAACUGGUUCAGCUGGCACAUUUUGCCAACAUCAUUCCUGACUCUCAGUUGCAGCACAGCGGAAAGCAGUUGUCUCAUAGGUGCAUGAUUCUCAGGAAGCUGUUGACUUCACCUGGAGCAGUACCUCUACAUGACCUUCAGCAAGCUCUGCAGUGGCAGUAUGAGUUCUUCAGGGAAAACCAGAGGGAUUUUGUUUGUGCUGAACCAUUAAAGCCUGCAGAGUCAGAAAAAGAAAGGAACUGUGUAGAAAAUUAUUGCCGUCCAUUCACAGACACCAAAAGUUCUGGCUCCAUGUCUGAUGUACGUAGUGGACAAACCAGAGCUGGCUGUGGUGCUCUUUCCAAUCUUAGUAAAUGGGAUGCUCGGGGGGAGUUGCCCCGUCAAAUUCCUCCACAUAUGGCUCCAGGUACGGCACCUACUUCUGCUAAGCCGCCAUCUUUGAGUUCUUUUGACUCAGGCUUUGAUGCAGCAGGGAGUACUCAUCUGGACCUUGGGACUGGGAAUGAAGGCUUGUGCACCAGGGAGAAUUUAAAGCCUGUAGUCAAGCAGCCUCAUAUUCGUGAGGACAACGUCGCAAGUGUAUCUGACUCCGAGGGCUGCAGAGAGGAUUUUGAAUGUAAUGAUGUGGGAGGCAGCUCAAAGGCAAGCAUCCAAAUUAUUCCAAAGAUAACGGUGAACGCUCUGAAUUUUGAAAUCAAGGUGAAGCGCUCGGCAACAUUGCCCAAAAAUCCAUGGCUCAGCUUGCCAGUGGAGGACCUUGAAAACUCUUAUACUGUCACUAUUACACCCAAUAGCCAGAAUUCACAAGAUUUCCUUGAGAGCCCAGCUGUGUCCCAAAGGAUCUAUCAGAUGGAGGAUGCCAAGCAGUCACAGGAGUGGCAGGGGCAUACAGACAUGCAGGCUACUGCCCAAAAUCUUUCUACAGGGGAGGAACCACUUGGUUUAUGUGUUUCAGAGGGGACCAAUGCAAAGGAAAGCAUCUUGCAAGCACAGGAUAGCUUUGACUCUGAAAUGAGUCCUAUAUGCAAAGUACUGUCCAGUACCAUAACAGAUACACAGGAAAAGUCCAGCUGCACUGCUGACAGCAUUCCCACUCUUCUCUGGGACACGUAUGACUUUCACAAUAUAAAACAAGAUGGCUGUGACAGGUUGGUAAACUCUCUGUCAGAAGUAUCUCUGAGUGACUGGGACCUGAAAGAGCAAGAAAGUCUUAUAAAGGUUGAGAAAACGCUUGAUCGGGCAGCAGAAAUACUAGAGGAAGAAGAGAAUGUGCUUGCCCAGCAGGAGAUGCUAGAUCUCCUGUUAAAGACUGAAACUACCAGCAAGCAGUUGGCACUGUGGGAAACUGAAGAAGAGCUUAGUAAGGUGACUGCAACCACUAGAGAUCUGGAGGCUGGAGCUGACAUUGAGGACAGCUGUUCCCUUGCACAUGCUAAUGAACAUCCAAAUACCUGCCUAGAGACUGGAUGUUUACGAUGUGAUGUCAGUGACCUAAUGCUAAAUAAUGUUGGUGGAAGGCCAUUCAAAGCUGGGAUACUAGGCAAAGAAAGUGGUAGGCCUGACUUACUUCAGGAGCUGAGGGGCCUUCAUGAUCUGGAAGAGCAGAUCAGAGAGGAGAAUCUAAAGAUCUGUGAACUGAGACAGUCUGAGGAACUUGAAACACUUCUUGAAAAAGCAGAGCCAAGGGGUGUCCAAAGUAAGGAGAGGGUGAUGUUUCAGGAACAGUUGGAGAAGGAGAAAAGACAAGUAGAGAAAAUGGAGAAAAGUCUUAUGAAGGAGUUGACCAAGCAUCAUAAACUUCAGAAGUUAAACAAAGGAAGAAAAGUUAUAAAGUGCUCCAUAAUGGAAAAAACUUCCAGACUCAAACAGCUUGAGGACAGUGCCUUGUGUGAAGAACUUAUGUCCAGCUGUAAGAAACAUCAACAUGACAAAUUGCAAUUGAAAACCCCACAGCAAACCUGUGGAAAUUACCUCACAGUUGAAUCUACUGCCAUUAGCUCAAGCAUCAGUAAACUGGAUUAUACCAACAAAGCAGAAAUAUCAGAAGCAUGGCUUUUUGGAACAGAGGCUCCAAUCAUAAAUUCUGAAAAUGGCAGGUUGCCAAAUGAGAAAGUGGAUGUACGUAGUUCUCUGAACAAGUCUGUCUGUUUUAGUAGUAUGUCAGAGUGCAAUGAUGAACCUUUAGCUAGUGCACAGAAUCUAAUAUCGGAGGCCUUUCAGACUUCAACAGAAAAUCCCAAACAUGAGGCGUUUGACCCUGGCGGUAUAAGUAAACCUCCUGUACCAAAGCCCAGAAAAGCAAAGCAUGGGAAAAGCUCAGACUCCACAGACCCUAUAAACAAGGAUCUUUUUCACAGAGGUAGGCAAGACAACACUGACAUCCCAGAAAAGCAGAGGCCUGGGACACCUCCAAAGCCUAAAGAACGAUCAAAUGGACAAACGGCUGCAUCCCUGUGUUCAGUCACGAAGGAACAACUUGAGUUCACCAGUGAUGACAAACCACUGGUUACAGGUGAAAAUGUAGGAACGUGUAUUGCCCCUGAAAAUCUUCUUGAAGCAGCACCUUUGGACAUUAAUGUUCCGGAAGGGCUUAAAGAUAAAAAUGAUUCUGAAGAUCUGCAGAUGGAGCUGGCAGUAGAUGGUGCCCUCAUCUCUGCAGAGGAAGGUCUCAGAUCAGAGGUCUCAGUCCAGGCAGAGGGAGUGACAAAACUUGCUCUUGGGGGAGAUCUAGUGUCAGAGGAGACUUUGGAUGAGAUUGAUGGAUUGCGUGGUGAAAAUGCCCCCUUUUGCCAGUCACAGGGCAGUAACAGAAUGGUCAGAUCAACUUGUAGGUCACCAGUUAAUGAUCUCAGUUGUCACAUCAAUAUACAAGAGAUAUCAGAAUUUGGGACUCCGGUUGUGCUGGACACUGGAUCUGGUUUGAUGAAGGCAGGUUUUGCUGAUCAGGACCUUCCAACUACAGUAUUUCCUACAGUCAUUGGAUUCCCCAAGUAUGAGGAGGUUAUGAAUUCAAAUUUUGAACGAGAGACUUACAUUGGACGUGAGGCACAGAAUAUGCGAGGUGUUCUGGCCCUUAAAUAUCCCAUGAAGCAUGGGAUCAUCCACAACUGGGAUGAGAUGGAAAAGAUCUGGCACCACACGUUUGAGCAGCUGUGCGUGGACCCUGAGAACCACCCUGUGCUGCUCACAGAGGCUGCCAUGAACCCCCGGGAGAAUCGUCAGAGGAUGGUGGAGCUCAUGUUUGAAGCCUUUGCUGUUCCCUACACCUAUGUGGCAAUGCAGGCUGUUCUGGCUCUGUAUGCAGCAGGGAGAACCACAGGUGUGGUGUUUGACUCUGGGGAUGGAGUAAGCCAUAGUGUGCCUGUGUUCGAAGGCUACUGCCUACCUCAUGCAGUGCAACGCUUUGCUCUGGCCGGGGCUGAUGUCACACAACAACUUAGGAAGGAGCAGGGUGUGGCCAUGCGCACAUCUGCUGAGCUGGAGAUUGUGCGGGAGAUGAAGGAGCGGUGCUGCCGUGUGUCCCAGGACUAUGAAGCAGAGCUGUCCUACGGAGGCCCGGCCAGCAGCGAGAUCUCCUACACAAUGCCCGAUGGCCAUAUCGUCCACCUUAGCACUGAGCAAUUCAGGGCACCAGAGAUCCUGUUCAAGCCAGAACUGAUUGGGCGUGACCACUAUGGCAUUCACGAGAGCAUUUUCAAAUCAAUCCUUCACUCUGACAUCGACCUUCGCAAAAGCUUGAUGGGAAAUAUUGUAUUGUCAGGUGGGAACACCCUGCUGGCAGGUUUGCCUGAGCGCCUUCAAAGUGAGAUCAGGAACAUGGCACCUGUGGAUCUGAGCGAUUGUGUCCGGGUGACCAGCCCAGAGGAUAGGGACUUCUCUGUUUGGAGUGGGGGAGCUGUACUGGCCCGCCUCCCUUCCUUCGCUUUGGCUUGGAUCAGCCAGGGGGAGUACGAGGAGUUUGGUCCGCAGAUUGUGUUCAGGAAGUGUUUUUAAAUGUUGGCUGCUCUGGUACAAGGCUGGAAUUUUUUUUGGUUAAAGUGCAAUAAGUCUAAUGGUGCCAAGUUUGUUUUUAUUAUUUUAAAAAAACCAGUCUUUGGUUUUACACAGUUAAAGUAUUCAGCAACAAACAUUAAUUUUUAUUCUCUACUCAAAUUUGUAUGGUGUCAAUUUCCAUCCUUCAUAUAAAUGUUUGAAGUCCCAGGUUGGCUUUAUAGCCAAUUUUUGUACCUUCAUACAAAAAAUGGCUCGAGUGGUCGAACUCGUCAGAAGUUUAUUGCACCAAAACAAAACCCCCUGUUCCUUUAUUUUUUUAUUUGCCAGUGCUGUAUCAGUACUCCAGUUGUCUGAUGUUUGCUGAUGAAGCUUGAAAGACAUAGGCUUACAAAGUCAAUUUUUAUUUUUUUGGUUGGAUGAAAGCUGCCUAGGAAAUUCAGAACCAGAUGUUUUGUUUUCUUUUUUGACACAUUACAUUAAGUAUGCUUGUACACAUUCAUGUAUUAGUGUGUUGACUUAAUUUCAAGCUGUCUUUUUAAAUGUCAUCUGUUAAUGUGAUGUCAGUUAUAAGGAGAAGACAAGUGUGGUAUACCUCUGGGAAUAAGUGAUUGAAAAGUUGGCUUUGAGGGCUUUAAUGCAAACCCUUCUGUGUACCUGCAUUCCCUUAUACUUUUCUUGAGUUGCAUCUAAGAACUUUGUUUUGCCAAAUGAUUUGUAACUACAAAAUUUUUGUAUUCAAAUUCACAUUUAAUGUAGUAUUGACACACUUCAUGACAUUUUCUGGCUCAGUUUGCUUUUCCUGCUCAGAUUUGGUUUGGUGUGGUUGGUUUGUGGUCUGUAGAUGUUUAUUUCAUGAAGUGGUGCAUUACUUUCAUCUCCAUGUUGCAACUGAACCAGAAAUGACUGUGAAGGUUUAUUCUUUAAGAUGGCUAUAAUACUUUGCUUUUCUGUUUUACUUGGUAUAAAAAUAUUAGUUCAUUUCUUUUUUGGAGACCCUGAAUCAGCCCCUUUAUAAGGAAAAGCAAUUAUAUACUUUAAGCACUGUAGCUGAUAUUUUAAUCACGUUUUUGUUUUCGGAAUUGUGUGGUGUUGGAACUUAUUUCUUUGGUAAAGGGGGUCUGAAGCUGGUCUUCAGUCUCAGGUCUCAAUGUGUAGUAGGAUAGCUUUUCUGUAUUUGGGUCAGCAUGUUGGAAUCCUCGUAUAACAAGUGAAACUGGAAAAUUUGCACUUUCUUUGUUCCAUCCAUAUCUCAUUUGACUUUGGGAUUGUGAGCAGGCCCAGAAUACAAGGUAGUUUUCUUGUUUAAUUUAGCCUUUAUUGUCCCCCUGUAUACCAUGCACUGCCUUUCUUAGUUCACAUAAAUGUGAAUCAGUAUUUGUGUUUUUAAUAAAAAAUUAAGC